AUGAAUUUGAUCCACUAUCCACUCUGCUACAUGUUCAGAGCCCCUAGUAUGCUGAUGCCACACGAAUCGACUGUGUCGCAUGGCGAAUCACCACUUGAUAGCUUCUCCGAUCUUGAUGGCACUCCUUGCGGCUUACAGAGACGGUCUCGAGCUGGUGAGCUUUUUAUUUAUCGAAGCUACUUACGCCUCCAUACCCUUUUCAUGGGCUUUAGAUUAGAUUCUUUUUUUUGGCUCAGCACCAGUUUUCGCAUAUAG